AACUCAAAUUUGAUCAAUCCAAGCUCAACAUCUGCGUACUACUUAUCCAUUGCAUCAAGCUGCAAGAAUGUUGAUGGAGCCAUAAAGCAUUGCAAUACUGAGGUAUCAUUGAUUCUCUUUUUUUUUUUUGAAAUUUGUUUCAAGUUUAGGGCUGCAAGAAGUAUUUUAUUCCUCCGCUCCCAACAAUACACAGAACUGUGAUUAUACAUUGUUAAUUGUGGUGCUGAUGAGUCAAAUUCAUUGGAAUUUUAUUCAGUUUUUUGUUGGAUGGAUGCCUUUUUAAUUUAUCAAUCUUACAUGUUUGUUUUUCCCCAAUUUCGUUUUCCUUUAACUUUAUGAAUCCUAACAUCCUGUUACGGUGAUGAUGCUAUCUUAUCUGUAAUCAAUUUCGUUGGUUCUUGAUAAAAAUCAAGUAUGGAGCAAAGUUAUGCAUACCCUUGGCCUUUUUUUCGGAAGAGAAGAUAACCUUCAAGGAAAAUUAGAAUACUUGUAAUUAGAAAAUUAUAUUGUUGUCCUUCUGUACAUUGUAUUUGAUACUUCAAUCUUUUUUAUGCUUGUAAUUAGUCUAAGGUAACACCAUAACACAGAUAAAAAAGAGCUUUUAUAUGAUAGAUAUUGAGUGGAUUUCAAGUUUUCUCUCUCUCUCUCUCUCUCUGGAUAUAUGUACUAGUUAAUAGAUAGCUUGUUUCAACAGGCUUCAGCCCAUCUAAUGAGGAGGCUGAGGUUCCCUGAUGAACAUAUGCAGCGAGUUCAGGUGAAGGAAGUAGGUCAUUAGUCUCGAUGCUCUUGUGCUCAAUACAACCCAAAAUUAAGGAAAUUUGACAUCUAACCCCUAAUUUUGGAAGUCGUCAGCUUUUCUUAUACGCUGGACUUCUCUAUAGAGCUCCUGUCAAUGUUUUUAUGGCUCUGAUCAGAAACCUGUGACCUCUUGUUUGGCUUGAGCUUAAAGUGGUUGAGUUUCUCUCCAUGAUCUAGCCUUCAAAGAAUUCCAAUGAUGUUUGCCAAACACACAACUUUCAUUAAUUCGAUUGUCAUAAUCAUAUAAAGGCAAAUCAAAAACCGAAAUCAAAAUUUCAAUCCGGGGGUUGAUCUAUGCAGGAAUGCUAGUCCUGCACAGACCUUGCACUGCAGACCCCUAACCUCAUUCUCUAAAGUCUAACCUUGAUCACCUCUGAGUAAUGUCACUUUUGAGCUCUGCUACCUCCAAAUAUUGACGCCAAAAUCCAGUAAGCCAAUAAGUCUACCCAUUUGUGACCUGCAAGAUAAAAAAAGUUAGGAUACACAGAGAGAUGCCAGUGAGAGAGUCUCCGAUGCUUAACCCAUGUCAUGGCUGAAUUUUGAUAGCAUAAUACUAUAAAUGAAGGAAGUAGAGCUUCUGAGAGGGGGUAUUCCCUUAAGCCCAGCAUGUGGUGACCCAAUCCUACACAGCUUGGUGACAUAUGCUUGUGAGGUGUUGUAUUAGCUUAAGUUUUAGGCCUUCAUUGUACAACACGUUAUAAAGUCAUACGAGUCUAGUCCAAAACAAACAAUAUCAUAAACUUCGGUUGGAAAUGCUACACAGCAUGUGUUGAGGUGUGUAGGGCCUAAAAUCCCUACCUUGUUUUCGAACUAAACAAUUUAUAUAAGAAUUUUAUGAAGUAGGUAUAGAUGUGAUGGGGUUAUUGGUGAUGCAGAUGGUGUGUCAGCUAGAGUUGACUGGGUUGUUUUCUUUUCAAAAUACUCCUAUCACUUUCUAUAUAAGGAUCUAUGAAUACAUCCACUUGAACAAACAGAUUGUUAACGGUCGGUGUGAGAGAGAGAGAGAGAGAGAGAGAGAGGAUGGGUUCAACGGUGAUGAAAAAAGCUCAUCAAGGAAUUAAGUCAGUUCAUUUAGGAAUAAGGCUGCUCAUAACGUUGAUUUCUUCAGGGUAUAUGAUGUUAUGGAUUAUGAUGCCAACCGAUAAAUUUUUGCUACAUUGGUUGCCGGAUAUCUAUUCUAGGACAAAUUCAACAUAUUUUGGACAAGAAGGUGCAAAUAUUCUGAUAUAUACUUUUCCAGUCCUUCUCACUGCCACUUUGGGGUGUUUAUGCCUCCAUCUAGAAAAGAACUACGUUGAUCGUGUUGAUGAAAGCACUGCAGAAAGUUCCCAUUUGACCUCAUGGAGGCAGCCAGCACUUGUGAAAGGCCUUCUUGGGAUUGUUUCUUGGACUGAAUUAUUGUUUUUAUUUAUGUUCAUUGCACUCUUGAUUUGGUCAUUCUCAGCUUAUUUACAUGACAUGUUUGUGUAUUACGAACAACCUGCAGCACGGAUGGGAGAGAAAAUGUGGCAGGCUAAGUUACAAAGUGCAGCUCUAGUGCUUGGCAUUUCAGGUAACAUCUGUCUUGCCUUUCUCUUUUUCCCUGUGACUAGAGGAUCGUCAAUGUUGCGGCUUAUUGGCCUCACGUCAGAGUCAAGCAUUAAAUACCAUAUUUGGCUCGGGCACAGUGGUUUGACCCUCUUCAUGGCACAUGGUUUGUGUUACAUCAUCUUUUGGGCUGGGACACAUCAAACUUCAGAGAUUAUGAAAUGGAAGAAAGUUGGGGUCGCAAAUGUGGCCGGAGAAGUAGCCUUGCUUUUUGGACUAGCCAUGUGGGUGACAAGUUUCCCUCGCAUGAGGAGAAAGAAUUUUGAGCUCUUCUUCUACACUCAUUACCUCUACAUUCUAUUCGUUGUAUUCUUUGUAUUACAUGUGGGGUUCACUUAUUCUUGCACCAUGCUUCCUGGUUUCUACCUAUUCCUGAUUGACCGAUUACUACGAUUCUUGCAAUCUCAACAAAAAGUAGGCUUGGUUUCUGCCCGUGUUUUACCAUGCCAGGUUAUGGAAUUAAAUUUCUCUAAAAGCACAGGGUUGAUUUAUAAUGCAACAAGCUCCAUGUUCAUAAAUGUUCCUGGCAUUUCCAAGCUACAAUGGCAUCCCUUUACUGUUACCUCAAACAGUAACUUGGAACCCGAGAAGCUGAGUGUUGUUAUUAAAAGCAAAGGGAGUUGGUCUCAAAAAUUGUAUGAGAAGCUGUCAUCACCUUCACCGAUGGACCGCCUUGAAGUUUCUAUUGAAGGACCUUAUGGACCUGCUUCGACCCAUUUUCUAAGGCAUGAUAUGCUUCUGAUGGUGAGUGGAGGAAGUGGCAUUACUCCAUUUAUAUCUAUCAUCCGUGAGUUGCUCUUUAUUGCAGCCACAAGAAGCUGCAAGACGCCAAGGGUGCUUCUCAUUGCUGCUUUCAAGAAAUCUGUAGAUCUCACCAUGCUAGAUCUCCUCCUCCCAGUUUCAGACACCACAUACGACAUUUCUGACUUGCAAUUAAGAAUUGAAGCGUAUGUGACCAGAGAAAAAGAGCCUAUAACAGACAACCAGAAGGUCCACCAGAUCAUAUGGUUCAAGCCCAAUGAUUUGGAUGCACCAGUUUCAGCAAUUCUAGGCUCAAACAGCUGGCUUUGGCUUGGCGCUAUAAUUUCAUGUUCUUUUGUUAUUUUUCUUCUGCUCAUCGGCAUUCUGACCCAAUACCAUAAAUACCCCAUUGACCAUGAUACUAAUAUGAUAUAUUCAUACUCUCCGAGGUCUGCUCUAAACAUGUUAUUCAUAUGCCUGUCUAUAGUAAUUACUGCAACUGCAGCUUUUCUGUGGAACAAAAAACAGAACGUUAAGGAGAUGAGGCAGAUUCAAAACAUGGACUUACGAACAUCAAUGACAUCACCUGGACCAGGAUCAGGGUCACGGCUGUACAAUGCUGACAGAGAAUUAGAGAGCCUUGCCCAACAGUCCUUUGUUCAAGCUACCACAGUUCACUAUGGUGAAAAGCCUAACCUGGAAAGUAAGUAA